CUCUCUCGCACACACCCUCACCCUCUCACAACAGCCUAGUUAAAAUACGUUGGUUUGCUUCAGAGGAGUCUGCUGCCCAUAGAAUCAGCCAUGAUUUUAUAUUCCUUAUACGAGUGCCUGGAUUUUAAAAGCUUUUUGUUUUUGAUUUGUUUACUGCUGCUGCUUAUAGAUUUGAUAAGACAUAAAAAUCCAGCAAAUUUUCCACCAGGACCCUGGCGGUUACCCAUCCUAGGAAAUGUCUUCUCUGAUGUAAAUUUUAGAACUGUAGACCAGCUGAUUGAGAAGUAUGGGAACAUCUUCAGUGUCAGAAAUGGAAGUGAUAAAAUAGUGUAUGUGUCUGGGUUUAAAAUGGUCAAGGAUGUUUUGAUCACUCAAGGGGAAACCUUAACUGACCGCCCUGUUUCACCUUUAUUUGACACACUUUACAAAGGCAGAGGAUUGUCCUUUAACAAUGGCUACUCGUGGAGGAAACAACAGCAGUUUUCCAUGAGUCACCUGAAAAACUUUGGAGAGGGGAGGAAGACUUUAGAAGAACAUAUUCAACGAGAGUGCUACUUCCUGUGUGGAGCCUUUAAAGAAGAGCAGGGCUGCCCAUUUAACCCUCUGGUCAAAAUCAACAAUGCAGUGGCUAAUGUUAUUGGUAGCCUGGUGUUCGGCCAUCGAUAUGAGUAUAAUGAUGUUGAUUUCCAGAAGCGUCUACAAAUGAGUGCAGAGUCAGUGUUUCUUACAGGAUCUGUGUGGAACCAGCUGUAUGAUGCCUUUCCGGGUAUAAUGAAAUGGUUGCCAGGACCUCAUCAGACAAUAAUCUCAAACUAUCAAGAGUUAGCAAAUUUCCUCAAAAAAAAGGUUGAGCAACACACAGAAGACUGGGACAGAAACAAUUCCAGAGAUUAUAUUGAUGCCUACCUGACAGAAACAGAGAAGAGGAAGAAUGAUCCCGAGGCCGGGUUUAACAUUGCCAGUCUGGUGUGGUGCAUGGUAGACUUGUUUGAGGGUGGAACUGAGACAACAACCAACACACUCCGAUGGGCUCUGCUUUACAUGAUCAAGUACCCUGAUAUUCAAGAGAAGGUCAGAGCAGAGAUUGACCAGGUGAUUGGCUCCCGUCCACCUACUAUGUCCGAUAAAGCAAACAUGCAUUACACCAAUGCUUUUUUUCAUGAGGUUCUCAGAAAAGCAAACCUUGUGCCUCUAAAUAUGGCUAGAACUGCAAGAAAGGACACAACUCUGGGAGGCUAUUUUAUACCAAAGGGGACUGUGAUCAUCACUAAUCUGACAUCAGUGCUUUAUGACAAACAUGAAUGGGAAGCACCGGACACCUUUAACCCUGGACACUUUCUCGACUCUGAAGGCCGGUUCUGCAGGAGAAAUGCCUUCUUUGCCUUCUCAGCAGGUAAAAGGCAGUGUCCAGGAGAGCACCUGGCUCACAUGGAGCUGUUUAUCUUACUUACCAUCCUCUUGCAGACCUUCAUUUUCAGCCCCCCUCUUGGUGAGGAGCCCAGUCUGGAGAGCCAGGUGGGCUUCACACAAGCCCCUUUGCCAUACAAGCUCUGUGCUCAUCUCAGAUAAAGGGAGCCAAAUUUUGCCAAGGACGAGUGUAUGCAGUGCUUCAGUGAUGCAGUGUAAGCAGUAUAGCAAGAUUUAUGCUAAAAUAUGCUCAGUGUUCACGUAUAUCUAAACCUACAGUAAAAUCAUGUGCACACAACGUCUCUGCAACUACUCCCGAUUUCUCUCAACAUGGCAACAAAAGGGUUGUCAUGGGAAACAAAGUAAGUGGAGUCAAGCAAUGCGCUCUCAAUAAACAAAAUUCCAGAGAGUCUCCUGUUUUCCAGCAGUUUCCUCCAUUACAUAGAUUAUGGUCUGUAUCGGGAUGUGUUCUCAAAUGUGCUCUGGCCUUAAACAUUUUCAAUCACUCUACACAUGGGAAGAUUUGAUUCUGUCUGAAAAUAAAACAUUUGUUAGAAUGUGGGGACCUUUAAUAGAACCUCUGUUUAGCUCUUUAUGCUUUAUUACUUUCCUUCCUUAUUUUAAAACCUUAUGAAUAUGUGCCUGCCAGACUCUUAUUACUUCUAAUGAUAAUGGCUAGGUGUUUUAUCCUUCUUAGCGUGUGUGCUCCGUUUACAUUAUUAUAUUAUGUUUAAUAUUUUAUUGGGUUAAAAACGCAAAUAUAUGUGUUUAAGCAAAUGUAUGUCAAAUACAUUUUUUUAUGUAAGAGACUUUUUUCAAAACAUUAAAUGAAUUUUUUUUUUAAACCUAUACAUGUAACCUUUUCCCUGAGUGAUCAUUAGUGCAAUUGGCACAGUUGGUACAAAAAAGAUUGUUUAAAAAGACACUAAUAUACACUUCAUGUACUUUUAAUAGAACAAACAUGUACUUUUUAAAGUGAUAAUAUGUAUGUUUAAGGUACUGAUAUGUAAAGGGUAAAUAUUAUACAGAAAUACACUCUUUUGUGCCUUUGAUCAGUGCCCCAGUGAAAGCUUUGUAUGGAAAGUGUUUUGGCCAUAUCAGGUUACACCAGUCUUAUCCUCUAUUCAAAUAUGCUAUCCGGUUUCUGAAAUGAGUAAAGCAGUAUGCUAUUAACUCACCAUUUUACACUUCGGUGAAGUAUCGGUCAAUGAACUUAACCUCCUAAACUUGCAGCAUGAACAGAACCACAGACAAAGCCUUCAUGAAUUUUGCACUGACAGCGUUUGUCCACUGUUUACACUGCAAACUUACGGAUUCAAAAGAAUUUAAUCAUUAACACCUUGACAAAUAUCAAACUCGGUUAAAUAAAUCUGCAAGGCAUAAACUCCAAUAGUCCACCUCACUGCAUGGUUCUCGCGAUAACUUAAAUUGAGGAACAACUCCCAUUAACGUCGAUGAACACCUAACCUGACACACAUAUGACAGACAUUUCUCACACAAGAGUAAUCUACUCCGUCACAAUCUUGUGUAAAUCCAUUUAACAGUCCAUUUCUGUUAAAGCAUUACAGCUACUGAGCCAGAUGUGAGGGGAGGGGCAGGCUGAACACAUGGACAAAGGCUGCCUGUUCAACAUACAUUCUGCAAACUACACAUUAUCCUUCUUUGCCUGUCAUGGCGUUUACUGCAGUUCUCGAGAUUCUUGAUUUUAAGGGACUACUGCUUUUCAUGGUGGCUU